AUGGAGCCUGUGUCGUCAGAAGUCCAACGUAGCACGGAAACCGUGUACGAUAUUGCAUCCGACCUUGUCAAGAAGCUCAAAGAUGCUGGUCAAACGCUUGGAGUAGCCGAAUCUUUGACAGCCGGCGGCGUCAUGGCCGCCAUCACUUCUGUAUCCGGCGCCAGCGCCGUAUUUCGAGGAGGAGUUGUAUCGUAUGCGACGCCUCUCAAAGAAAAGCUCUUGGGUGUUGAUGGCGGUCUCAUCGCGGUUGAAGGCGUCAUCCACGCGGAUGUUGCGAAGCAAAUGGCAGAAGGAGCUCGCCGAAUCACCAACAUUGACGGCGACGAGACAACAUGGGGGAUCGGCACGACGGGUGUUGCUGGCCCUGGGACUCAAGACAACAAACCGGUCGGCAUGGUGUAUAUUGGAAUCGCUGGACCAUCUGGGACUCGUGCUUGGGGACCGUUCAACUUUCCAGGAGCGAGAGAACAAAUCCGCGAAGCAACAAUUAUCGAAGCGUUGUAUCGACUGCGGGAACUGGUCAGCGUAAUUCCGCACGACUAG